AUGGUACUCUCAAUUCUCAUCGCGGCCAUUGUCGCACCCGGAUUACUAGGCUCGCAAGAAGCCAUCCGACAAAGCCAGUCCAAGGAAAAGCGAGAAGAACACCGCGCCCGUCGCUGCAACCUCAUCGCAACGUGCGUCAAGUCGUCAGCGCGCAGCCGCGAAAUCAACGGCCGACAAGUUGUCCUCCGUAAUGGCAAACUAUGGAUUGAUGCCGGGACGCCGGACGGUAGUCCUUUAGGUCACCCUUAUGCUGGAUACUAUCUCCCCUACCCCGACACAAAGUACGAAGGUCUCGUCACAACAAUUACCGACGUCGCGCCCAUUAUGAACUGGGUGUAUAUCGACAAGACCACAUGUGAAGCCAAGUACGGCGUCCGCGCUGAUGCGCAACCGAACCUCACAGGACCUUUUGACUGCACGCGCCAGGAUCGCCGUCUCACAUUUGACGGGUGGGAAGGUUGGUGCGCAGUUGAGGAAGCGCCGGGGCUUUGGGGGUUGUACUUUGACCUUUUCGACGAUGGACUCAAGUCUGUAGUGCAGCCUGGUACGCGCGUCUUGGAGGUUGAGCUGGGGAGGAAGGAGAAGAGGUUUCAGAAAGAGGCGGAUGCUAGAUUGGGGGAUCAGACGACCAAGAGGGAGGUUGAUGCGCAGGAAGAGGCGCCGGUUGAGCGACCUCUUGGAGUGAAGAGGAGGAGGCUGUGCAGCCUGUACAACGAGUGGAAUCCAAUGUAG